AUGUCUCUGUCGAAGAAAGAUUUGCUCAAGCUCAUCGACAACAUUGCUGUUCACUGGGGAUCUAUCCGCAACAAGCAGAGCAAGGAUGGUGCCGGGCGUCGACUCUGGCCAUCACAAACACCAAAAAAUGAUGGAGAUUCCAAGGGCCUGCUAGACCAAGGAGAAAAGCUUCCCAAAAACGACAAGAAGGAUGAAGAUGAGCCUAGUGACAGCUGUAACAUCAACAUCCAAGCCAACAACCAAGGAUCCGCUAGACAGAAGACACUCGUCACCGUCCAAGUUCAGCCGAAUGACACCGAGGAUGAGGUCAAGGCAAAGCUGCGAAGUGCUGCUCAAUCCGGAGGCCUUAUCUGA